GUACGAUAUACUAGUAUAGUGUAUUUGUGAAAAAUUAGUACAUUAUAUUCAUUCAAAUGUGUUAAUUCUACUAAUACAAUACUUCUAAUUAACUAUCUUAUAUACUUUCAAUAGUUAUACAACUAACAGUCUACUUCUACUUCUACCUGGUCUUCCUCAUGACACAAGUCACGCGACACGGAUAAGAUUUUUUUUCUCGAAUCAACAUCUUUUUCAGACAAAAAAUUCACCAUGAAAGAGUAAAGUCUGAUCAGCCUAAUUGACCAUCAAUAACUCCGACAAAAAGCAAUAACAAUGGUGUUAGCAGAUUUAGGGUCUCGACUCAGAGGCGCACUUUCGUCAGUGGAGUCAGGGAGUGAUGAUGAAAUCAAUCAAAUGAUUAAAGACAUUUGUUCUGCACUUUUAGAAGCCGAUGUGAAUAUUAAGUUAGUAGUAAGAUUAAGAGAUAAUAUUAAGAAUAAGAUUAAACUGGAAAUCACAGCACAUGAUAAUACCAUGAAUAAACGAAAGAAACUUCAAAAAAUCAUUUAUGAUGAACUUUGUGGACUUGUAGAUUCUCAUGAAGAACCACCUAAACCAAAGAAAUUAUCAGCUCAAAAGAAAUCUGCAUCAACUCAAACUGUAACUAAAACAAUUAAUGGGAAGAAAGUUAAAGUUAAACAGAAUUCAGGACCAUCUAAUAUAUCUUCAUAUGUUAUUAUGUUUGUAGGUUUACAAGGGUCUGGUAAAACAACAUCAUGUACUAAACUUGCUGUUUAUUAUAAGAAAAGAGGUUAUAAAGUAGGUUUAGUAUGUGCUGAUACUUUUAGAGCUGGUGCCUUUGAUCAAUUAAAACAAAAUGCUAUAAAAGCAUCUAUUCCAUAUUAUGGAUCUUAUUUAGAACAAGAUCCAGUGAAGAUUGCUCAUGAAGGGGUAGAGAAAUUUAAAGAUGAAAAAUUCGAUAUUAUUAUUGUUGAUACUUCAGGUAGACAUAGACAAGAACAACAAUUAUUUGAUGAAAUGGUUCAAAUUAGUGAAAUGGUAACUCCUGAUCAAACCAUUAUGGUUAUGGAUGGAUCUAUUGGUCAAGCUGCUGAAUCUCAAGCUAAAGCCUUUAAAGAUUCCGCAAAUUUUGGAUCAAUUAUUUUAACAAAAAUGGAUGGACAUGCAAAAGGUGGUGGUGCUAUAUCAGCCGUUGCAGCAACUAAAACUCCAAUUAUAUUUAUGGGUACUGGAGAACAUAUAAAUGAUUUUGAACCAUUUAAACCAUCAACAUUUAUAUCUAAAUUAUUAGGUAUUGGAGAUUUACAAGGAUUAAUUGAACAAGUUCAAUCCUUAAAUUUACAAAAUGAUGAAAAUCAUAAAAAGACUUUGGAAAAUAUUAAAGAAGGAAAAUUUACGCUACGUGAUUUCCAAAAUCAAUUAAAUAACUUUAUGAAAAUGGGUCCAUUAACAAAUAUUGCAUCUAUGAUUCCUGGAAUGCUGAAUAUUAUGAGUCAAGUUGGUGAAGAAGAGACUUCAGAAAAGAUUAAGAAUAUGAUUUUUAUUAUGGAUUCUAUGACUACUGAAGAAUUAGAAUCAGAUGGAAGAUUAUUUGUUGAUCAACCUUCAAGAAUCAUUAGAGUUGCAAAGGGUUCAGGAUGUCCAGCAGUUGAAAUUGAAAUGGUAUUACAACAACAUAGAAUGAUGUCUACAAUGGCCAAAUCUGCUGCAGCUGCUAAUCCAGAUGGAGUACCUGGAGGAGCUGGAGGUAAUCCAAUGGCAAGAAUGAUGCAACAAGCACAAUCUAAUCCAAACUUUAUGCAACAAGCUAUGAGUAUGUUAGGAGGAGCAGGAGGAGCAGCAGGACCAGGAGGACCAGGAGGAUUACCAAAUAUGGCAUCACUUAUGAAUAAUCCAGGAAUGAUGCAACAAGCUCAACAAAUGAUGAGACAAAAUCCUCAAAUGAUGCAACAAGCUCAACAAAUGAUGCAAAAUCCUGGUAUGAUGCAAAAAUUGAUGAGUCAAUUCGGAGGUAUGGGCAUGUAAACGAUUAACGAUUUUAUUCUAUAUAUCCAUUAUAUAACCAAAUUAAUACAAUUUAAAUAUAAAUACAUUCUUUAUAAUACAUAAUUAAUUACCUAUAAAAAUCUGGUCUUGAAGUAUUCAUACCAUAUUCACUUAAGGCACUACUUAAAUCUUCCAUAGUUAAUACGAUUUUACCUUGUUGAUUUCCUGCAUUUGAAUGACUUGUAGGUUGCAGUUGUUCAUUACCACUACCACCUUCAACUCCUCCAUCUGCUGCAAUAGUUCCUCCUCCUGUACUUGAACCAGUUAUCAGUUGUUGAUUAGCAUAUUGUUGACCUUGUAAAAGUUGUUUAGCUCGAACUUGAGGAUUAGAACUAUUAUAUACAGCAGAAGAGUUUCGAAUUCGACUAUAUUCAUAAGCAUCUUGAGUUAUAUCACUAACAAACUUUUGAGUAGCUAAUGCCAACAAUCGUUUAAUUUUAAUAUUGGACGUUUCAAAUCCAUUCUUAGCAAGAUAAUAG